AUGCCCGUCGUGAGCGCCGUGCCACUGUUUUGUUUUUCGUUUUACGAAACCUAAAUUACGAAAAACUAUCUAAAUUUAAUAAUUAAUCAUGGUGUCCAGUGAAGAAGAAGUAGAAGCAAAACCAGCCGAUACAGUAGAAUGGGACGUAGACAUGGAAAAUCAGUUAUUUUACGCCAUGGCCAACCACAAACCGGUUGGCAUCAACAAACAUUUUCAGAUGGCUUGUAUUUGGGAAAAACUCUCAAAUUCAAUAACUAAAGAGAUCUCCACGCAAGAUAUUUGGAAGCACUUAGAGUCUCUUUACGAUAUAUCUAUGCUGGAUGACACGGAACCGAUUCCUUUUCCAAAUCACGAGGUUCCAUUUAGUUUACCCGAAAGCGAGUUUGGCACGCUUAUGAAGCAAAAAUCUAAGGAUGGUCCAUUAUCUGACGACGCGGAAGUGGUGCCGGCAGGCCGCAAAGACAGCGCGUCGGCGCAGCCAAAGUCUCGCAAAGAGAGCGGCAGUUCACAUGCCUCCACGGACACACCUAGCAUCAAAUCGGAGAAGGACUAUGAUAGAAGACGAGACUCAAGAGACUCCAAUGCUUCUGGUCCCCGGGACAGCUCUACUGGCAGAAAAUCUACGUCACAUAAGGAGAGAGCUCCGAAGAAUAAAGGCUGGGACUCGCCGCUGGUGGACGAGGAGGGGGGGCGGCGCGGGCGGCGGCGCGCGCACGCCGCCACGCCGCCCGCCGGGCCCGCCGCCAAGCGCCGCCGCGUCUGAACACAUACCCCAUCUAGGACACAUGUGGGACCUUACAACGUUUAGGUUGACGGUCCAAGACGGUCGGUGUGCCUACCGCGUCCGUACGAAGUAGCCUCAAGAGACUUGUCCAAACAGAACGAGCCGCCUCGUGAGGAAAUUGCCGCGCGAGGCAACUUGGUCUGUUGUAGACGUGCCUCGGGCGACGCAAAUUCUCUCGCAGCCGCAAUGCCUCGGCACAGAAUAAAUAAUAGUAUUAGGUACAGAAGGUUCACUCUAACAAAACGCAUCUAUUACGACAGAUAUGACCGCAAGGUAGCGCAAGCGCGAGCAGGUGUCCGUUUCGUAGCGGUGCGCGGCAACUACUGCUAGGCACUAAAAUUGGUGUGGGCCGCAUAUACCUUUAGCGACGAGACGAAAUCGCGGAGUGAGCCACGCCUGGCCUCGGGCGAGGGACGUCUCCCCCGACCGAGUUGCUUCGCGCGACAUUUUCCUCGCGAGGCGGCACGUUUUGUAUGGACCCAAUUGACAAUUUUAUAAAUGAUACCUUUUGUCUCGUCUCAUCAUGAUCGCAUUUUAAUAUAGUUAAGUAAAUGGGGCAUUAUCUAUGAAAAGGGACCUUAUUGUCGACGGCGCUUACGCCGCACAGCGUCUCGCGACAUUGUAUUUAUAUCGGAGCAUCGUUAAUAAUGGCGUAAGCGCCAUCGACAACAAGGUCCCUUUUCAUGGAUAACGUCACAAAUAGCUAAGAUUAAGCAAAGCGACUUCUCUCGCACCAUUCCACGCGUCACGUCGCCCAACUUGUAAAAGUGCGUCCAGAUCUGACCAAUGACUUUUGAAGGUGGAU